GCUCUCUGUGAUUUCAGUGAUGGGAGUUUCAGCCCAUGGCUGACAUGCAGCCGGAUGUUCCUGCGGAGGGUCUCCGGUAACCCUUCACCCCGGCUGCAAGUCCCCCGGGGCCAACAGUCAUGGACAGGAGGCCUGCACCUCACACAAAACCUCUUUUAUUUCUCAUGAACAACGCUAGAUUUGCCUCCCGGAUUCAGCCAAACUCGAGAAGUUGGUGCCAUUCUUGAAAAUAUCCCCCCCUUCGUUUUUAGCCGUAUUCAUGGACCGUAUGUUCCUCGCCUGACGCCCCAGAUAUGAGGCGCUUCAUCAGACGCAAGCCACAACCACACGGUUUUCCUUUUUCCGUUUGCACGUGCGUGGGAUUUUACGAACCCCUCCAAAUCUUUUAGAGAUCUACACCUUCGCUGCCGAGAUGGUGCACGUGCGGCGGGAAGAUGGACCAGGCAUGAGUCUGCUCGGACCCGGGGCCGAACGUCUGCGCCGAGGCCGGAGAAAUAACGGGUGGCACAACCGGAGACGGGCUGGGGAGUGUUGACGCAGGAAAUUGAAAUUGGUGCCCAGGGUCCUCCCAAUAACGGUUUUUGAUAGAGUCGUUUUCAGUCCCCCCCCCCCAACCCUCAUCUCCAUCCUCACCGCUUCUUUAGGGAAGUCCACCCUCAUCUGCAGCCUCAUCCGUCCACCACUUAGUUAGUUUUUUGGUUGUUGUUCUGAACAGUCUCGCCUCUGAUUUCCUCACCGCUGCCUUCUUGUUGUUCUUUUCAUUGAAUUUUUAAAUUUAAUAAAAACAAUGCAGCCUCCUCUCAUAGAGUUGCUGGCAUAAAAUCCGCCCCCCCCUUUUUUUUGUGGAAGCACAGACUCGUCAGCGGGGGUCCCAGUUUGAUUAUGAACAUAUAAGAGUUACUUCCUCUUUCCUUAGCUGCCCUCCUUCCUUAGGGUGACUGGCCUAAGCCCAGCCACGAGCCUGGGCUAUUGGAGAUUUUUCAGGGCAAGUGAAAAACAAGGUCUCCAUCCUCCACUGCCCCCCCCCCCACUGCCCAACCAGCACACUGUUUCUGGAUAGCGCCCGCGUGUCGUCAACGGCGAUGGGGAGCUCGGCGUCCUCCCUCACGUCGGAGACCGAGUCGGACCAUGGCUUCCGCAGCACCCCUUACCCACCGUCGCCCCCCGUGGGCUGGCUGAGGAACAGCCACAGCAGCCCCAUCUGGGGCACCACCUUCAUCACGCGCCAACAGCAGCACCCUCUGCCUCACCGAGAGCGCAGCCACUCCCAUUCACCUGGCUCCAUGGCAACGGCGGUACGAGGCAGUGAGUGGUCAUGUGGCCGCUGCACCUUCCUGAACGCUGGGGCAGCCCCACGUUGCUCCAUCUGUGAGGCGCCACGUCAGAAACCAGACCUCAACCAGAUCCUACGCCUGAGCAGCACUGAGGAGCAGCGCUGGGCCUGCCCCCGCUGCACCCUCAACAACCCCCAGGGCUCCGGGGCAUGCUCAGUCUGCGGUUUUGGACCUUCCCCCUCCACCCUCACCCCCCCAACCACCACGGUGGCUGCCACUGCCAAUGGCUUGUUGCCCGGGUCUCCCGAGCCCCCUGUGCCCACUGUCACUCCCACGGUUCUACUGGAACCACGUGGACAGCACCCACCCAAGGAGGAGGUGAUGCGGAGAUCAGAGAGUAAUGGGGAGGUGGGCGGGGCAGAGGGGAAGCACUUGGGGUGGGCGUGUCCCCGUUGCACACUCCACAACACACCUGUGGCACUGUCAUGCUCUGCCUGCGGGGGGCCAAGGAAACUGUCGCUGCCGAAAAUCCCACCGGAGGCACUGGUUGUUCCUGAGGUACGAACCCCUGUGCUGGGGUUUCCCGUCCACACAGCAGGGGCAGCGUCACUCCUUGUAGAUUUGACGGACGAUUCACCCCCUGCUGCCCCUCCCAGUGAACCCCAGGAGCCUACACACACACCCUCUCAACCCCUCUCCUCCCCAUUCACCCCUUUCUCCUCUCUCCAGAACAACCCUGUGCCGCGCAGCAGGAGAGAGGUGCCCCCUACAGGACGGCCACCAAACCCAAAUGCCAAUGCCCCCAGCCCCACCUCCCCCUCAACAGCCAGCGUACCACCCCAGCCCGGCCCACAGCUCCGACCCUCAAAGCCGAAGCACGCCCAGCCCCAGGAGCCUUCCUACCCCAACAAGCGCCUCAGUGUCCUGGAAGAAGAGGACCCUCAUCACCUCCCUUCUGCCUCCUCAGCAGCUUCUACAUGGAAAUGCCCCACCUGCUCACUGCCUAACCUGAGUGGAGCGUCCAAGUGUGAGGCCUGUCGCUCGUCACGCGUGGGUGCCGACCUCAUUGACUUAGUUGGUUGUGAAGCAGUCCGAUUCACCCCGGCGAGUCCCUCUAGCCCAGACUUCAGCACCUGGGCAUGUUCCAAGUGCACCCUGCGCAACCCAACAGGAGCCGCCAAAUGCUCAGCCUGUGGUUCCUCGAAACUCCACGGCUUCCAGGAACAGCAGGUACCUUUGCCACACUGCUGCCAACAGUGUGGCCUUCCGCUGGGGCCGGGCACUGCAUCCUGCUCCUGCACCACCUCCACCUCAUCGGGUCAUAAAGCAAGGAAGCAGGCCCGCGUUUUUCCUUCAUCUUCUUCAGGCACCACCUCCUCCACUUCCUCUUCAUCCUCCUCAUCUUCUCUCCAGGAGAGGGCAGGGCAGUGGGGCUGCCCGGCAUGCACGCUACUGAACGAUGUCAAAGCCAAGAAUUGUGCAGCGUGCCACACACCCCAGCAGUACCUCACCCUGCGCAAGGUAGUCAAGCCUCUGAAAAGGAGGGAGAGCAUGCAUGUGGAGGCCCGGCGGCGAAACGACGAGGGAGAAGCGAAGGAACUCUGGGAGAACAUUGUCAGCUUCUGCCGAGAGAACACGGUGAACUUUGUGGAUGACAGUUUUCCCCCCGGCCCGCGCUCCGUUGGCUUUCCUGAAGGCGACAGUGUGCAGCAGCGAAUCAAAAAGUGGCUCCGCCCCCACGAGAUCAACUGCAGCAACUUCAAAGACCGAGGCGUCAAGUGGUCCGUCUUCCGCACACCACGGCCCUCCGACAUCCUGCAAGGCCUGCUGGGAAACUGCUGGUUCCUGAGUGCUCUGGCGGUCUUGGCGGAGCGUCCAGAGCUGGUGGAGCGGGUGAUGAUCACACGGACCAUCUGCCCAGAGGGAGCCUACCAGGUCAGGCUGUGUAAGGACGGCACCUGGACCACGGUGCUGGUGGACGACAUGCUGCCAUGCGACGACUACGGCUACCUGCUCUUCUCCCAGGCCCAGAGGAAGCAGCUGUGGGUGGCAUUGAUAGAGAAAGCCCUGGCCAAGCUCCAUGGCUCCUACUUCGCCCUGCAGGCGGGGCGCGCCAUCGAGGGCCUGGCCACGCUGACAGGAGCCCCCUGCGACUCGCUGAUGCUCCAGGUCAGCUCCACCAAUCCCAGGGAGGAGCCCAUUGACACCGAUCUCAUCUGGGCCAAGAUGCUCAGCUCCAAGGAGGCUGGGUUCCUGAUGGGAGCGUCGUGCGGAGGGGGCAACAUGAAGGUGGAUGAUGUGGUUUACGAAUCUCUGGGACUCCGCCCCCGACACGCCUACUCCAUCCUGGAUGUCCGGGACGUGCAGGGUUACAGGCUGCUGAGAUUGCGUAAUCCGUGGGGUCGUUUCUCAUGGAACGGCAGCUGGUCAGACGAGUGGGCCGACUGGCCGCAGCACCUGCGUCACGAGCUGAUGGCGCACGGCAGCAGCGAGGGAGUCUUCUGGAUGGAAUACACAGACUUCAUCAAGUACUUUGACUCUGUGGACAUUUGUAAGAUCCACUCGGACUGGCAGGAAGUGAGGCUCCAGGGCUGCUUCCCCAGCAAAGCCAGCGGGCCCGUCACCGUCACGGCACUCACCGUGCUGGAGAGGACGGCGCUGGAGUUCGCCCUCUUCCAGGAAGGCAGCAGACGUUCGGACACGGCAGACAGUCACCUCCUGGAUUUGUGUAUAAUGGUGUUCCGUGCCUCCUUCGGCAGCGGGAAUAAGCUGACGCUGGGCCGCCUGCUGGCCCACAGCAAACGGGCAGUGAAGAAGUUUGUGGGCUGCGAUGUGAUGCUGGAGCCUGGCGAGUACGCCGUGGUCUGCUGCGCCUUUAACCACUGGCAGAUGAACACUGGUGGAGCGGGUGGCCCGCCCACGCCCGUGUCCAGCCCCACCAGCGGGGUGGCGCGGCGACCCAGUCAAGACUUCCCUGGCUACAUCCUGGCCAUCUACAGCUCCCGGCAGGUGAUGGUGGAGCAGGUGGAGGCAACGGCCACCACACUCGCCGACGCCAUCAUCCUCCUGACCGAGAAUAAGGGCGAGAGGCACGAGGGCCGGGAAGGUAUGACGUGUUACUACCUGACGCACGGCUGGGCGGGGCUUAUCGUGGUGGUGGAGAACCGCCACCCCAAGUACUACCUCCACGUGUCAUGUGACUGUACGGACAGCUUCAACGUGGUGUCCACGCGUGGCAGCCUCAAAACCAUCGACAGCGUGCCGCCUCUGCACAGGCAAGUGUUGGUAGUGCUAUCCCAGCUGGAGGGCAACGCCGGCUUCUCCAUCACCCACCGGCUGGCUCACCGCAAGGCAGCCCAGGCUUCGCUAGGCGACUGGACCCCCACCAAGGCCACCCACAGCCCCCAGCUCACCCCGGACAUUGACGGCCUGCAUCGCCCCAGACCCCUAUGACCACCGCCCUCCAUCUCUCCAACAGACACACACAGACAUCGCUCUCUUUAACACACAAGCGUUUUGGGCUGGCAGACUAGAGUGAAGAAUAGGCUGUGCCAAGCUCUAAAAUGUGGGCGAAGGUGUGUGUUAGCGUGUGCGUCUGUGUUCACGUGUGUGUGUUUGGACGAGGAAACACCUGAAUGUAGAGGUUGUCCGGGCACAUCUGCUGUGCUGUCCUCUUCUUCCUCUGUAGCCAAAAGCUAAAGGCUUCAUCUCAAAUCCUGCCCGAGUGCACCCUGUUCCUCGCCAGCCGGAUGUGCCAUUAAACGGCGGGCGCGAGGGAGCGGACCAUGUGACCGGGUCAGUCUCCAAAGAAGGGUUCCACCCUGACAGGA